AUGGCUGAAGCUACUGAUUGUGAGCCCGUGAGUAAGAGAUUAAGAAGCAAGAGUUCAGACGAUGAAGAGGUCGAAACAGUGCCCGAAGAAGAGAUUGAAUCAUUACAGGAGCUGGAGGGAGAGGCAGAAGUGGAGUUAGAAGAUGGAGAGAGAUUUGUGAGCCCGAAGAAACCCUUACAGAUGUAUCAAGGUCGUUUUGUACCCAAAAAUACUGCGGUCAAUAUGAAGUGGGCUGUAAAGAAUUUUAUUGAUUGGAAAGCGUCUUAUAAUGGUCGUCACCCCGAGGAGCCGUGCCCUGACGAAGUAUUGUUGAGCGACAACCCCACUGAGCUUUCUCUAUGGCUACAGAGACAUAUUCUAAAGAAUAAAGAGUGUGUGCUAAAUAUAUUCAAUCGUGAAGACCCAGACUUUAAGAAGCUAUUCAAGACUUGUGACUGUUAUUUCCGAGGGCUUCGUGAUGAUGGUGUAGGGAGUGAGAGUUCUGCAACUGAGGCUUUAACGAAGGAAGAUGAGGAAAAGCUAUGGGCAUCUAAAGUGCUAGAUCCAUCGCAUCCUAAAGGGCUACUUAACGUUGUCUUCUUUUUGAAUGGGAAAAAUUUUGCAUUACGUGGUGAUAAUGAGCACAGAUCACUGAAGCUCUCUCAGAUUAAGAGGAACAUCUCGCCUGAAGGGAAACUACGAUACACUUACACAGAAAACUGUUCUAAAAAUAGGGCUGGGGGUUUUAAUCAGCUGAAUGUUCCCAACAAGGUUGUUCAUCAACAUGCUGAAGGAAUAUCAACUAAAUGUAUACCGAUGACAAGUGAAAUUAAUAGUCUUGGCAAGUCCUUGUUUAAGAAGCUGUAA